CAUUGCCAGUGGCAUCCACAGGCCGAAGCUGUGACGAUGGGAUCAUAUAUUUUGUAACGACACACAAACAAAAAUCACCACUUCUGGGUUACCCCAGUGUAUAUCAACCUUCCGUGUACACCUGCAGCAAAGCCUACUACUUUUUACAACAUCCAAAUUAACUGAACCUUUCGAGCAUCGAAGGGGUUUCCAAAGAUGGGUACAAGACCGACCACAUCCCUCCUGUGUCUACUGGCCCUAGCCCUGGUGAGUGCAGCUGUGGCAGAGGACAAGAUCGAGUUUGUCUACCCGGACAUUUACAACGAUCCGGAGAGAGACACGUUCCUGUACGGUACGUUCCCGGAGGGUUUUGUCUGGAGCAGUGCUACCUCAUCGUAUCAGAUCGAAGGCGCCUGGAACGUCUCGGAUAAAGGCGUCGGUAUAUGGGACACCUUCACCCACGAAGGUGGGCACGUCGCCAACAACGAUAAUGGAGAUGUCGCAUGCGAUAGCUACCACAAGUAUAAGGAGGACGUGGCACUGAUGAAAGCCAUGGGUUUACACUAUUACCGUUUCUCCAUCUCCUGGCCGCGUCUGAUGCCAGACGGUACGGCAGCCAGUCUCAGUACAGACGGCGUAUGUUACUACAACGACUUGAUUAACGAGCUCGUGGCCAACGACAUUGCGCCUAUGGUCACCUUGUACCACUGGGACUUACCACAGGCGCUGCAGAACCACGGAGGUUGGGUGAACGAAACCAUCGUUGACCGAUUCAACGACUACGCUAGGGCUUGCUACGAGAACUUCGGCGACCGUGUGAAGCUGUGGAUUACCUUCAACGAGCCCUGGAUCGUGUCCUUGCUGGGCCACGGCAGUGGUGCCUUCGCACCUGGUAUUGCCGAGCCAGCUAUCACGGUGUACACAGUGACCCACCACCUGAUCCUAUCCCAUGCUCUCGCCUACCACACCUAUAGACUGGACUUCAAGGCUACACAGAACGGACAGGUCGGGAUCACUCUGAACACAGACUUCAUCGAGCCGGCGGACCGCAGCAAGCCCGCUGACAUCGAGGCUGCUGACACCACGCUGCAGUUCAACUUCGGCUGGUUCGCCCAUCCCAUCUACAUAGACGGUGACUACCCGGAGAUCAUGAAGACCAACAUUGCUCGGAAGAGCGCCUACCAGGGCUUCGAAAAGUCCCGUCUGCCUGAAUUCACGACAUAUCAGAAAGCCCUCAUCAAGGGCACAGGAGACUUCAUCGGACUGAACCACUACACCACGACCUUGGCUACCAACGCCACACCCGACGUGGGUGACAGGAAUGCGUCUGACGCAAGCUAUUGGUCCGAUCAAAACAUCUGGUCUUGGAAGGACCCCAACUGGCCUGGCUCCGGGUCGAGCUGGCUCCAGAUCGUGCCAUGGGGAAUCCGCCGCCUGCUGAAGUGGAUCUCUGAUGAGUAUGGCAGCGACAUACCCAUCUACGUCACAGAGAAUGGAGUAUCUACUAAAGAUGUCUUCGAACUCGAAGACACCAUCCGAGUCGACUACUACAAGUCGUACAUUAAUGAAGUUCUCAAAGAACGCAGGAUGAUGUUCAAAAUGUGUUCAGUGUGCCUCUCAGCUGUGAGUCUGUACUUAGCGUUCGUGGCAGGCCUUGCCACAGCCCUCGCUGAAGAUCGGAUUGAGUUCGUGUACCCAGACGCGUACAACGACACGACGCGGGACACGUUUCUGUACGGCACCUUCCCCGAGGGGUUCGUAUGGAGUACGGCUACCUCGUCGUACCAGAUCGAAGGCGCCUGGAACGUCUCGGACAAAGGCCCAAGUGUUUGGGACACUUUCACCCACGAAGGAGGCAACAUUGAGAAUGAUGACAACGGGGAUAUUGCCUGCGACAGCUAUCACAAAUACAAGGAGGACGUGGCACUGAUGAAAGCCAUGGGCUUACAGUUUUACCGUUUCUCCAUCUCCUGGCCGCGUCUGAUGCCAGACGGUACGGCAGCCAGUCUCAGUACAGACGGCCUACGUUACUACAACGACUUGAUUGACGAGCUCGUGGCCAACGACAUAGCGCCUAUGGUCACCUUGUACCACUGGGACCUACCACAGGCGCUGCAGGACCACGGAGGCUGGGUGAACGAAACCAUUGUCGAGCUGUUCAACGACUACGCGAGGGUGUGCUUCGAGAACUUUGGCGACCGCGUACCGUUUUGGAUCACCUUCAACGAGCCUUGGAUUUUCACGCUCCUUGGCUAUGGCACCACCAUGUUUGCCCCUGGCAACGUAGUCGACCCGAGUGUCAAGAUAUACACAGUGGGUAGGCACAUCAUUCUGGCCCAUGCGACCGCCUACCACACCUUCCAGCGAGAGUUUGCCUCGACGCAGACCGCCAAGAUAGGAAUCACUCUCAACUCUGACUACUUCGAGCCGGCAGACCGCACCCGACAGAGUGACCUGGACGCGGCCGACAGAGUCCUGCGCUUCAACUUGGGCUGGUUCGCUAACCCCAUAUUCAAGAACGGUGACUAUCCAGAGAUCAUGAAGACCGAGAUCGGUGCCAAGAGUGCCUACCAGGGCUUCAGUCAGUCUCGCCUGCCUCCCUUCACCGAUAUGGAGAAAGAGUUCAUCAAAGGAACAGCGGACUUCUUCGGGCUGAACCAGUACACCACCAUGUACGUCACCAAUACUACAGUAGACGACAGCUUACCGUCCCAGGCGUCUUACCUCACCGAUCGCGGCGUGUAUACCUACAGAGACCCCGCCUGGCCCGGGGCAGCAUCCGAUUGGCUCAAGAUAGUACCAUGGGGGAUACGCCGGAUUCUUAAGUGGUUAGCCGACGAAUAUGGCAGGGAACUGCCCAUCUACAUCACAGAGAAUGGCAUAUCCACUCACGAUGUGCUCGAGUUGGACGACAAGAUUCGUGUCGAUUAUUACAAAGCUUAUAUCAAUGAAGUCUUGAAAGCUAUCGAACUGGACAAGGUCAACGUGAAGGGCUACACUGCCUGGUCUCUGAUGGACAACUUCGAGUGGGCUUCGGGCUACACCGAGCGUUUCGGCAUGCACUACGUGGACUUCAACGAUCCCGAGCGGGCCCGUACGGCCAAAGCCUCGGCCAAGUUCUAUGCGACCGUUGUUGCCGAGAAUGGUUUCCCUGAUCCAUCAGUUUCUGGGGCUCCUGCUUCGGUGACCGUAUCACUAGCUGGCCUCGUGGCCAGUAUAGCUUUCGCUUUGUUUAAUUAGUUGCAUGUUAUGAAAAUAAUCAAAAGUUCGUAUUUUACAAUAUGCUUUCGCUGAAGGUCUACUAGUGCACCUCAGGAGAAGUUUGUGACUACGCCAUGUGAAGUGAAUGUGUAUUGAAAGAAGAUUUAAAGGCAUUUAAGAUCAUUUACUUUUCAUGCAUUUUGUUUGUUUCCAAUGAUAACAACACUCAAUAUCACGAGAAGGCUAAAAAACUAAUCUGUUGAAAUUUCAGCUCAGUGGAUAUUACAUUUUUCGAGAAAAUAGGGGGAAAACAUGUACAACCUUUAAUAUCAAGACACAAGAUUUCGUCAAUAACACUCUAAUUAUUUCCCAAAACCAGUCAAUUGGAAAUCGCCUUCCUUUCUUGAAUUUUUCUAAAUGACAGCAAGCCAGACUAAACGACUGUGAUUAGAACCAGUACGAUCUUUUAUCCAAGUAAGGUUUAAGAUUUUUGAUAAUAAUUUCUGUAGGUGACUUUUGGGAUAAAUACAUGUGAUCCAAUUAGCACGUCUGGUUCUUAAGAACCAUCUUUUCUCCUGGAGAUGGUCACUUCUCAUGGUGAUGAUACGUAAACAUCUCCAAGGAGUUCAUAUCUGUUCUCUCCAUGUACUUUAGUCUCCACCACGCAAAGCCUCGUCUCAUUACAUUGUAAUACCAUCGGAAAGAAUGUUGCAACCUAAUGCUGCUUUUUUCUUUAUAUAUCAUCUCAAUGAAGGUCAGUCAGACCGAGAAACAUUUCCAAUUCUGUAAGGAAAUACUUAAAAAAUGUUCUUGACUCUCCAGACUUUGUGGACAACCGCCGAGGUAGAGUCAGGUAUCAUUUAUGGCCAAUUCAUUGUAGAUAAGAGCUUUUGUAACUAACUCUUUCGAGGCAAAUGAUUCAGUUUUUGUUAGCGACGUCUAUUUAAUUUAUUCCCUACAUUGUUUUAUAUUGAAACUACCGUUUUCGACAAUCAUCAUAAGAAUCUCCCUUGUAUGACACACUCCAGGCUAUUGCAAUUGGGGUAGUUGAAAGGGAGCAUUGUUUUCGUUUGAUGGAAAAAUGAUCUUUACAAAAGACAAAGCUGUUCUCUUUUAAUAAAGCCAUGUUAUCAAAUUUAUAUAAUUGGAGCUAUCCAUUGUUAACGUCAGAGAGGAAACAUUAAAUGACAAAAUAAGA